UAUGGGGUUUAGGAUGAAGAACUAAGAGACAUCAAAGCCAAGCAUAAAGAAGAAGAAGAGAGGCUGGUGAGUGGAGAUCAGCAGUCUAUGGAGGAGGGGGAGAUGAUUAUGAAAAAUAAACCGGAGGAAUCUUCUCUACAUAUCAACACAACAGAUGGACGGUGUUUCUGGAAUAUAAAUCCAUCGGAGGGACAUCUUAUUAUAUCUCCAGUUUGUAAGGCAGAAGAUACCGACAUUCCACAAUAUUCUCCCAAAGUCACCUCUGAUUGGUUGGUUAGAUCAUCAGAUCCUUCCAAUCCUGAGGAACCUGCUGAGGAAUCCCAUACUAUGACAUCAGAUGUCCAUCUAAGAUCAAUGGAUCCUUCCAAUCCUGAGGAACCUUCUGAUAAAUCCCAUACUAUGACUUCAGAUGUCCUUCCAAGUUCUCACAGUGCUGACAGAUCACCAGAUCCAUCCAAUCACCAGACAUCUUCUUCAAGCCAUAAGAAGGUUCACACAGGAGAGCGUUCAUUGUCAUGUUCAGAGUGCAGGAAAUCUUUCACCACAAACGUAUCACUUUCUAAACACCUGAGAAUUCACACAGGUGAGCGUCCUUAUUCAUGUACAGAGUGCGGGAAAUCUUUUGCUCAGAAAGCACAUCUUGUAAGACACCAGAGAGUCCACACGGGUGAGUAUCUUUAUUCAUGUUCCGAGUGCGGGAAAUGUUUCAGUGAGAAAGGACAACUUAUUGUACACCAGAGAACUCACACAGGUGAACGUCCCUAUUCGUGUCCAGACUGCAAGAAAUGCUUCAUUCGGAAAUCAGCAAUGGUUUCCCAUCAAAGAAUUCACGUGGAUAAGCGUCCUUUUUCUUGUUCGGAGUGCGGGAAAGGGUUCCUUAAAAAAGAAAACCUUUUUAGACACCAGAGAAUUCACACUGGUGAGCGUCCCUAUUCAUGUUCAGAGUGCGGGAAAUGUUUCACUCAGAAAGAUCAACUUAUUGUACACCAGAGAACUCACACAGGUGAACUACCUUAUUCAUGUUCAGAGUGCGGGAAACCUUUCAUUAAAAAGAAUGACCUUCGUAGACAUCGUAUCGUUCACACGGGUGAGCGCCCUUAUUCAUGUUCGGAGUGUGGGAAAUGUUUCAUUCACAAAGGACAACUUGAUGCGCACCAGAGAAUUCACACCGGUGAGCAUCCAUUCCCUUGUUCAGAGUGCGGACAAUGUUUCAGCCAAAAACAACAACUUCUAGCGCACCAGGAAGUUCACACUGGUGAGCGUCCUUUCUCCUGUUCAGAGUGUUGGAAAUGUUUCCUUGCGAAAGGAAAACGAAUUAGACACCAGAGAAUACACACAGGGGAACGCCCUUAUUCAUGUUCAGAGUGUGGGAAAUGUUUCAGUAGGAAUGAACAUCUCCUUAAUCACCAGAAAAUUCACACAGGUGAGCGUCCUUACAAAUGCUUAGAGUGCGGGAAAUCUUUCACUUGGGAAGCAAGCCUUAUUGAACAUCAGAGAAUUCACACAGGGGAGACUCCUUUUUCAUGUUUGGAGUGUGGGAAAUCCUUUGUUCGUAAAAAAGACCAUGUUAGACACCAGAGAAUUCACACAGAUGAACGCCCUUUCCCUUGUUCAGAGUGCGGGAAAUGUUUCCUUCAAAAAGAAACGCUGAAUCUACACCAGAGAACUCACACAGGCGAACGCCCUUAUUUAUGUUCAGAGUGUGGGAAAUCUUUCAUAGGAAAGAACGACCUUCGUAAACAUCAAAGAAUACACACAGAUGAAAGCCCUUAUCUGUGUUUAGAGUGUGGGAAAUCCUUCAUUCAUAAAAAAGACCACGUUAGACACCAGAGAAUUCAUACCGGUGAACGCCCUUAUUCGUGUUCAGUGUGUGGGAAAUGUUUCGGUAGGAAUGAACAUCUCCUUAAACACCAGAAAAUGCACACCGAUGACCGUCCUUACCUAUGUUUAGAGUGCGGGAAAUCUUUCACUCAGGUAGGGGGCCUUAUUGAACACCAGAGAAUUCACACAGCUGAACGUCCGUAUCCAUGUUUAGAGUGCGAGAAAUCCUUCAUUUAUAAAAAAGAUCUCAUUAGACACCAGAAAAAGCACACAGGUUAG